AUGAGCGCUUACCUGGACGCCAGCAAUGGCCCGCCGGCGGAUGAUUCGAUGCCUAGCUAUGAGGAGGCGGUCGCUGGAGGGACACACUCCGUCUCGGGAUCAAUACAAUCCCUCAACCUCCACGACGGCACUCUCCCGCCGUCAAUCCUGCGUCUCAGGCACCUCGGCCGCGCAAUCUGCCACAACGGCCCCGUCACCUCCAUCGCCGUCAGCCCCAAGGGCUACGUCGCCACAUCCCAGGACAACACGGGCACCGCGCUCCCCUCCAGCACCAAGAUCUGGGACUUUUCCCAGAAACCCGGCGCCGUGGGCGCGCGCCUCGUGCCGUCGGACAUCAGCAACGACGCGCCCGUGGUUGUCUUCAGCCCGGACGGGAAACUGACGGCCGUGGUGGAGAAGGAUGCGGGAUGGAAGCGGGAGUGGCGGGUGAAGCUCCGCGCCGGGGAGGAAGGGCGAGGGGUGCGGUGCGCGUUGAAUGGCGUUGGGCGGCCAGCGGCGUUUAGCCCCGAUGGGAAGAAGUUUGCGGCAGCGGAUCCCUUGGGUGUUGUCGUGGUGUUUGAGGCGGCGACGAGUCCGCCGGGGAUGCCGCCUACGAAGAAGGUGGCGGGUGUGAUGAACCAUGCUGCGCCGGCGCAUGUUCUCUUUAUGCCGAAUGGCGCGGACCUCGUGACGCUUUCGAGGGACGGGACGGUGAGGAUAUCGGAGGCCAAGACGGGGAGGACGCUGCGGCGGAUGGAGGUGGACGGGAUUGUGACGGGGACGGGGACGGGGGCGCGGGCUUUGGGGGUGUCGCCGGAUGGAAGGGUGGUUGUAUCGGUGUGGGCGAGGGCUGUGUAUGUGUGGGAGCACGAGGCUGGGCGGGUGUCGAGCUGGGAGAUGAACAAAGUGCGGAACAACGAGGGGUGGCCGCUGGCGGUGUCGCCGGAUUGUCGGUUCCUGGCGUGCCGGACGGAGGAGGGGAUGGAUAUCUCGGACGUGUACUCUGGACAGGUUCUGGCUGAAGUGACGACGGCGGUGGGCAUCGAUGGGCUGGUUACAGCGGCGGCCUUUUCGAUGGAUGGCAAGAUGAUGGCUGUUGGAAGGCACAGUGGUGUUGUUGAUGUGUGGAACUUGGCGCCCUAUGAAGGAUUAUGA